UAAGCCUACCCAAGAAGCAUUUUUACAGUUUUCCGGGAGCGUGUCAGCUUGGCUAAGUUAAUGGUUAAUUCCACAGAACCAGGACUGUACGGUUAAUUUAGCAUUUGUCUCUGGUGUAGCUGACUGAAUAACCUGUCUAUUUGUUUUGUGUGUAUUGAGAGAAAGGGGAGCAGAAUGACGAAACCAAAAGAAAAAAAGAAAGAAAAAAUAAGUGUCGCUAGUGAGAUUGACCGCAUCGAGGAGCGCAAAUCGCUCUGCGAGGACAGCCUGGAAAGGGCGGAGUUCAGACGGCGCCGAGAGGAGCUUUCUGACCAGGAAAGAGAAGCUCUAGAAGAUGAAAUGACGAUUAUGACAGAGAGAAUCCAGAAGUAUGAGAACCAGCUGGAGGAGCUGCGUGGAGAGAACAGGAGGAACAUGCUGCUGUCGGUUGCCCUGUUGCUCAUCAGCGCCCUCUUCUACUAUGCCUUCAACAGCUAGCACCCAGUUCUGUGUCCUGGGCCUCCUCUGCCAGGCCCUAAUCUACUGUGAAGGCAUGCUGUGUGUCCACGAUUGGUCAGGAAAUACCUAUUUUCAUACCCUGAAUGUCUCAACUGGAAGCAAAGGAAUUGUUUAUGCCAUAAACACACAUUAAGAGCAUUCUGACAGCUUACAGUAUAUCAAAAGAAAACAUUCAUAAAUAAAACCUAAUGCUUGAAAUUUAGGGUCUGAAAAUCACUAUUUCCUGGUUAAUCUGUAGAAAUCACAUCAGAGCAUGUGAGUGGACAUAUUUUUUUUGGAUGAACUUUAUGUCAGUGUUGGUUUCUUUUGCCUCAUACCUUUCCUGUACAUUAGCCCCCUAAACACCAGCUAUACACUGCCCAACAUGCAGUUGUGUAUUACCAUGGUGCUUCACAGACUUGGUCACCCAGUAAAUAUUUCUGCAAAGAGAAGGACCUUUAAAAGUACACUGGUAUAAUGCUGAUGAUGGAGUUAGGUGGUGUUUUAAUGAUGAGAAGGGUGGGGAGGAGUGCAUGGGUGAAAUGUAAAAACAUGGUGCCAAAAUUACUGUAAAGGUUUGAAGUGCUUUUAUACAUCUCUGGUGUCUGUCACAUAGUCUGUAUCACAUUCUUGACUGCAGCCUUGGGAAGUUCCAGUCCUCCAGCUAAACUAUUGACUCAUUUGUACUCCACUAGCUGGGGUUCAAGGGGCCCUUGAGUGUCUGUGUGAGGGAGCCGAGUCAGCCGAUGCUCCAUGUGUGAAUUGGCUAUAAUGGAAAGGUACUGUAACUGUUCUACAUGUACAGCAUAAGGACCAGUGGAAUCAUGCAGAAUAAUGGUUAUUAUAGUUGCACUAAAGCCUUCAGGACAAUUGAGUCUUCAAGGCUUUUGAGGCCUGGAAUUUCCCAUUUGUGUCCAGGAAGGACUGUGCUUGUUAAGAGUCUUCCAUUACUACCAGAGACUUCAUCUACUUUGACUUUUUUAAACCAAGUCCUCUCUUUUCUGUCAUUGUAUUUCUGUCUGCCUUAUGGUGCUGCAAUAAUGUUUUGUACUGAGCAAUUUAUACAGUCAGAACUUUGUAAAGGCUCUUCCUGUUACAACUCAACACCAUUUAAACAUUUUAGCAUCCAAAUGGCUGCUCAAGCCAGUGUCAGUAUGCUGGGUGGGGAGACAUUGGUACUACUUCAGAGUUGAAACUGGUCACACCUUAUACCUGCAGUACUUGAGAUGAAAUACUAGUUUCCUUUCUGAUUAUGUAAUCAUGCAUCAAUGCUGUUAACCCAAGUUUGGAUACAUGGACCUUCCCAUGAGACUUUCAGAGUAAAAGCUGCAGUUAAAAUAGAUGUCGAAAGGAAGACACUUUAACAUCCUUCCUAGUGGCCAUAUUUUGUACGUGCAGGUGGCAUAUGCAGCAACUCAAUUAGUGGUAUUUAUUUUGUAAGAUUCAACUGUCGUUUUUCUUAUGCCAGUAUGCUACUGUACUAGCUAUGAAGAUUUUGAAAACAUGUAAAGCAAAAGCCAAUGAUGGACAAAGUGUUUGAUUACUACUGGAUACAUUUCCACUAUAAUGCUUCUCAUUGCACAUCAUCUGAGAUGUCAGAGAAAUUGACCUAAUUAAGUUAAGCACUAAGGGACCUAUUCAGACUGAUACUUGCAUGCAAAGUGAACUUAAUUCCAAAAUUGUGUGCCUUGGCAGCCAGUUUAGAGUUACGUGCCAAAUAUGGACUCGUGUGCAGGACGUCGUUUCCUGUUUUGUUUAAUUGUGGUCUUAUUCUUUUCAUAUAAUUUUCAGUUUUAGGGUGAUGACUUGCAGUGGUAUUUUACUGAAUGCAGUGCAGAAGCAGCCUGUUUAAGUAUUUCAUGUUUCAUCUGUGCUUAGAGGAGUUGUAGGUAGUAGGUAUGCAGAAAGUGGAAUUCCAGUGGCAGUAUUUGUAUCCAGCUGCACACAUGGAAUGCCUCCCAAUACCCAAGAUAUGGACAUCAGCUAGUCAAAGUACCUGCUUUAAAAAAGUCUUAACUUUGACUUGGCAAGAAAUUCUUUAACUGGUAGCUCUAACAAGUGACUGAGCUGUUUUCGUUUCAAGGUCUCAUUUGUGCAAUUGGAAACUAUAUUUAGAAAUCAAAUAAACAUAUAUGCACAAAUAUAUUUUAAAAACUACACUUGGAUGCAAGAAGCUCACCUGCUGCAUUGAGCUGCCACUUAAAGUGUUAAGCAGGUGUAAAUUUGCCAAUGUCUGAAUAGGACCCUAAGUGACAGUGUUUUACAUUGGAUUGUGAAAUUCAGGAACACUUGAUUGUGCUUAUAUUUGGCUCCAAGAAUGUAUGUCGCUAUAAAGGUUGCUUGUUGAAGUAA